UUUCAGUUAACCCAUUUCAGUCAUGCAUCAACCUCUCUCAUCUAAUAAAAAUCAAAUCUUUAUGCAUUGAAUUUGAACCCUCCUCCUGAAAUCCUCUCAUAUGCUCUAGCACCAAUAAACAAGAACAUCCAACAUGGGAUCAACUGAAAAAUCGAAGAAGAAAACCCAAUUGUACAAGAAAGCAAUAGUCCACUUCAUAUUAUGUUUCAUAGUUGGAUUCUUCACCGGUUUCACUCCAUCUUCCAAAUCUUCAAUUCAAACUCAGCAACCUGCAGCUUUCUCGCCAAAUCCAACAACACAAGUCUUUCAAAAAGAGGAUAAUCAGAAUGGGAGUUACUAUAACAGAGGAUUAUUAGAUCAGAAUACUCCAGUUCCAUCUACAAGUGAUCAGAAUCCAAGAAGAUUAGUGAUUGUGAUCACACCAACAAGUAUUAAAGAUAAGCUUAGAGGAAUGUUCUUGAGAAAGUUAGCUUACACUUUGAAACUGGUUCCGCCUCCGUUAUUGUGGGUUGUGGUGGAGCAGCAACAAUCGGAAGAUGAUGUUGAAUCUUCGUCUGAGGUUUCUGAAAUCUUGAGGAAAACAGGGAUUAUGUACAGGCAUGUUGUGUUUAAGGAGAAUUUUACUGAUUAUGAGGAUGAGAUGGAUCAUCAGAGGAAUCUUGCGCUUAAUCAUAUUGAUCAUCAUCGUCUUAGUGGGAUUGUUCAUUUUGCUGGCCUCUCUAAUGUCUAUGAUCUUACCUUCUUUGAUGAGAUCAGAGAAAUUGAGGCAUUUGGCACAUGGCCUAUGGCAAUGUUAGUGCCUAACAAGAAGAAAGUGAUAAUUGAAGGUCCAAUUUGCGAUUCUUCCGAGGUCAUAGGAUGGCAUCUUAGAAACAGAAGGAAUAUAACCGAAACUAUAACCACUCCGGUUCAUAUAUCAAGCUUUGCAUUCAAUAGUUCCAUUCUAUGGGAUCCCGAAAGAUGGGGUCGACCCACAUCGGUUAAGGAGGAUUCACACUCACAGAAUUCAUUGAAGUUUGUUAAGAAGGAAGUUUUAGAAGAGGAGACCAAAUUGAAAGGAAUACCAACCGAUGGGUGCUCGAGGAUCAUGCUAUGGAAUCUUCAUUUUCCAUCACAAAUAGAUAGUUUUCAAGCGUAAACCCUAGACCACAAGUCCCGGGAUUGGAGAGAAUCCCAAUUUUCAUGUAAUCUUAUUCUAUAAAAUUCAAAUGGUGUAAAUUUAGCAAUAUUGGAAAUCGUCAUUGUGCUUUUCUUAAAAAAAAAAGAGUUUUUGUAUAUUU